CUGCGCUCUGCCAACUUUUUGAUUUUACUCCCUACCUCUAGACCUCUCAUUUCUUGACCUUUUCGAGUUAUUAGAGGACUCUUUCGCUAUGGGUUCUGGGAAGAAGGAAGCCACGCGCCGAACCCGCCAGGGGAAGGUUGGCGAUGGCAUGGCCAAUGUGAGGGUGAAGGGCGAAAAUUUCUACAGAGAUGCGAAGAAGGUUAAGAGGUUGAACAUGCUUAAGGAUGGUAAACCUCAACGUGACUCAGAGGGAAACAUCACCCAGGCUGCCUCGUACCAAUCUCGCGAUGCCCCCGUCGCUCGGAUAGAACCCAACCGUAAAUGGUUCGGGAAUACUCGAGUCAUCUCGCAGGAAGCUCUGUCUUCGUUUCGAGAGGCCGUCGCCGAACGUUCUUCGGAUCCGUAUCAGGUUCUCCUCAAAACCAACAAGCUUCCAAUGAGUUUGAUCAAAGAAAAUCAGACCGUCAAUGGGCUGAAACAGCACGAGGCUAAGAUGGCGAUCGAAACGUCACCUUAUAGCGACACAUUCGGGCCCAAAGCUCAAAGAAAACGGGUCAAACUUGGCGUCUCGUCCCUCGAAGACUUGGCUGGCGAGACAAUGAAGAUGCAAGAUAGCUACGUUGAAAAGACGGACCAAGGCCGACACGAGGAUGGUACGCCGAUCUUUGCUGGCGAUGAUGCGGCGACCGACCUCCAGCUUGGCACGAUGCCGACGUCUCGUGAAGCGGUCUUCCUGAAGGGUCAAAGUAAGAGAAUCUGGAACGAGUUGUACAAGGUCAUAGAUUCGUCAGAUGUUGUCAUCCAUGUGAUUGAUGCUCGCGACCCCGAGGGAACACGCUGCAGAGGCAUUGAAAAAUACAUUCGCGAGGAGGCGCCUCACAAGCACUUGAUCUUUGUCCUCAACAAGUGUGAUCUUGUACCUACCGGUGUAGCGGCCGCUUGGGUACGCCAUCUAUCGAAGGACUAUCCCACGUUAGCUUUCCAUGCUUCGAUCAACAACUCGUUCGGCAAGGGGUCUCUGAUUCAACUUCUGAGGCAAUUCUCAUCUCUUCACUCCGACCGAAAACAGAUCUCGGUUGGUUUCAUUGGCUACCCAAACACAGGAAAGUCAUCGAUUAUCAACACUCUACGUAAGAAGAAGGUGUGCACGGUUGCUCCUAUCCCUGGAGAAACCAAGGUUUGGCAGUACAUUACCUUGAUGAAGCGGAUCUACCUCAUCGAUUGUCCUGGUGUUGUUCCUCCAAGCCAGACGGAUACUCCCGAAGAUAUCCUUCUCAGAGGUGUCGUGCGAGUGGAAAACGUCGAGAACCCCGAGCAGUAUAUUCCUGCUAUUCUCAAGCGUGUCCAAUCUAAACACCUUGAACGCACCUACGGUCUCAAAGACCCGCACGAUUCUGUUGAAUUUCUCAGCAUUCUUGCAAGGAAGGGUGGCAGACUUCUUCGUGGAGGCGAGCCCGAUCUUGACGGCGUUGCUAAGAUGGUUAUCAACGAUUUCCUCAGAGGAAAGAUUCCUUGGUUUACUCCCCCUCCGUACACAUCUGGUGAGGAGGGCGAGAAAAUUGAGGGCCGUGAAGGCAGGCUUGGAGAGAUGGGUCGGAAACGCAAGAUAGACGAAGCCUCCGGCGAUGACCAAAAGGCUUCGGGUGAAGCAACUUCCGGCGCUGAAGAAGAGUUCGAAGGAUUUGAUGAUGAAGACGAAGAUAGCGAUAAUGACUCGAUCGCAAAUCUUCAAGUCAGUGACGAGGAAAGCGGGGAGGAGUGAGCAGACUUGCAAUCUCUUUACUCCCGACACUCCACAACCUCCGCAAGCAGAGCGAUCGCCAUUCGUACAAGUCACACUUGUCUGCUUGUUUGACGCCAGGGCGUCGCGAGCUGGCUCUGUACGCUUAGCUGUCGCUUUCCACUUGGCCAGUGGACAAGUACUUGACAGCUGUACAGCUCGCGGACGCAGUCUAGAACCUGUGACAAUAUUCAUGUUACCGGGUCUGCCUGAAAUGAGGAGAUACGCAGCAGCAUCCAGUCAUAGUACCCACCUCAUCAACUAGGCCAGGUCGUAUUAGCGUGCAUGCGCCGAUGAUGCCUCCGGUGGUAGGAUCCAUCAUCGAGCUCGAUGUCCUUGACAUCGCUCUAUUAGAUACCCAUGUCGUUACAAAUGUUAUGACAAUGUCCCAUUACAUCUUCUAUAUCA